AUGCGGCGGAUUUGUGCAGCGCUGGGCUUGGCUGGUGCGCAUGGCUGCACGAUCGUGGCAGUGGGGAAGGAUGCCAGCGCGACAGGCUUUCCCAUAGUGAGCCACAGCGACGACAGCGGCCCAAGCACCACGGACGUGCGCUUGGUCCGGGUGCCGCGGCAGAAGUGGCCAAAAGGCAGCACACGGAAGCUGUUCGAGUGGCACAUCCCAUAUCCCCGCAUGGUGACAUCAUCGCUGGGGCCUGCAUACGAGCCGGUGGAUGGUCAAGAAGAGUUCGUGCCCAUCGGAGAGAUCCCCCAAGUGGAGGAGACCUGGGCGUACUGGGACACUGAGUAUGGCAUGCAGAACGAGUGGGGUCUCUCCAUCGGAGAGAGCACAGGAACUGGCAUGACCGUUGGCUGGCCAGCAACACCUGACAAGCCCUGGG